AUGUUUGAUUAAUAAAUUAAAUCUCUCCAGUGUGCGGCAAUAGAAACAUAAGCCUAUUAUGAUAUUUAUUGGUAAGUACCUUCAAAGUAAGCAGCUGCAUAUAAUAUGCUUCUCGAUAAAUUCAAUCAUACUAAAAUAAAAAUUGAGGUUGAUUACAAUUAGAUUCAAUUGCAUCCAUAAAUAAUGGAAAUAAUAAACUAUUACAAUCAUAUUCAAACAUCUUAAAUACCAUUAAUUAAAGCAACACCAGAUAUUGUAAUUUUAGGUCCACCUUCAUCAGAUCCUAAUUAACACUACAAUAGAUCUAUUUAGAAAAUAUGUUCUCAAUUAUUAAAUGAGAAUCUCUUAGAUGAUUUAAGUAAUUUCACAAUUGAAAAGUAAAUAUUCUAGAAUCUCAAUAACUUAAUUCAUUGUCAAGGUUUAAAUACUGUAAUCUUAUAACCAUGUACAAUACCUGUGCUUAGUAAUUAUCCUCUAUGGUUUAGUUAAGGUUUAAUUAAAACACUCGAAGCUUAUUAAGUAGGAUACCUAGAACUUGAAGAAAUCGAUUAUCUCACAGAAAUUCAGAUUAAAUUCAUUCACUCAAGCUUAAAUUACAUAGAUUCUUAGUUAAAAUAAAAAAAUAGCAUUAGAAGUAAAAAUGAACCAAAUACAUUGUCACCAUAUAAAGGGUCUAAUAUUCAUCAAUCUGAAAUUGAUAAUUAGUAAUCCAAACAUAGAACCAAAAGUAUACUUGUUUCAAAUUGGUUUCAUUUUAAGACUUAUUCAAAUCUCAGACCCAGAGACACUCUAAGUUAAAUUAAGAGACAUAAAGCAGUAUCAAGUUCAUAAGUAGAUUUGCACACUCCAUUUAGUCCUUACAAGUAAAGUCCCUUUAAUUUAAAGGCUAACAUAAAGCCCAGAUGGUUUGAGCAUAUUUAUUAAAAAUGAUACUAAAUUAAAUUAGAAAAUAUUUCUCUAAAGUUGCUUAGGAAGCCUUAAAUCUAAGACAUAAGCAUAUUAAUGAACAAUUUUAACAAUAUAAAUCAAAUCCUAAAAUUUUGAAUCCAAGAAAAGGAGAGAAUGUCCAACCUGAUUAAUUAAAGAAAAUGAAAUAAGAAGCUAUGCAAGAAAUUGAAAAAUUCUAAAAGAAUUACUUAUUUGAUAUUAAUUUUAACACUAAAGGGUUGGUCAAACUAUUAGGCUAAGUUAGCUAUGUGUAUGAUAAUCAUGAUCUAAUCUAAUCUCCUUAAUUUUAAGAAAUAUUAAAAAGUUCCAAAGAAAAUUUAUAUCAAUUUUAAAACAUAAGGGAAUUAGCUUUGUUAUUGAAUUUCUGCUUCAAACAUUAAUUAGGAGAUGAAAAUCUAUGGUUUGCUGCUUAUUAACAUCUACUCAAUACUUAAUCUUAAAUAUAAGUAGAAGAUUUACUUUUAAUUUUGGAAUCAAUAAAUGAGACUAAUUUAGAAUAUCUAAAACCACUGUUUAAAUAAUUCGAAAAUGCUAUCUUAGAAGAAGUAUAAAGAAAUAAUCACAAAGUUACUAUCAAAGCACUCCAAAUUUAUCGUAAAUUUUAACCAGAUAAUAACAAUUUCUUCUAUUCUAUUAAAAAAUAAAUUAUUGAUUCACUACCUUAAACUAAUACUGAUUCAGUUUUGAAUUAUCUUAGAUAUUAUGGUUUAGGCAAUGAACCUAUAGAAGAUAGAUAAGAAAUACUUAAUGCUAUAAUGAUUCAUCUUUAUAAAAUGUAAAAAUUUUUAAAUAAAAAAUAAUUACUUUAAGUAUAUUAUACAUAUGUAAGAACAUAAUUAGGAUCUGACAUAUUAUAUCGUUUAAUUGAAGAUAGGGUUGCAAUAUUAAUAGAUGAAUUUUAAUUAAAUGAAAUUGAACAAUUAUUAAUUAUUGCUGCUAAUCAAAAGAACAAUAUUAUUUUUAAAUAUGCUGAAAGAUUACUCAAAUAAAGAUUAUUAGAUUGUAAUCCUGCUGAUCUUGUAUAAAUUGCUGUUCUUUUUAUUGAAAAUAAUUAAGGAACACCUGAAUUUAUUGAUUCUUUAGAAUAACAUCUAAUUUAAGCCAUUUAUACAACUGAUGAUAUAACAGAAUUACUUUGGGCCUUAGUCUAAAAAUAAUACAAUUCUAAAUGGAUGGAAAAAAUAGCUGAUGCUUGUAAAGAACGAGUACCAAAUUUAUCAGUUAAAUAACUUACAUCAAUUGUGUGGAUGACAAGUGAUUAUUUUAAGAGAUUAAAAAAUAAAGAAAAGUAAUAAUCUAAAUAUAUUGAUUUAUAUGAACUUAUAGAAAAACAUUUAAUAUAAUAUUUCGAAGAAGGAGAAGUUAUAAAUAGAGAUGUAGCACUUGUUAUGAAUGCAUAUAUAAGAAAUAUUCCAAUAUCUCAAGAUUUAGUAGAUUUAAUGGAAAUAUAUAUUCUUAAUUCAACAGAGGAAGAACUUUAAGAAUUAGAUGGUUGGAGUGUCUCCCAAAUCAUAUGGGGAUUUAGUUAAAUUGAAUGUAAAUAUUUACCUUAAUAUUUAGAGUACUAGAAUUUAAAAGAAUUCUUAAAUUUUAUGAUUAAAGUCACUAUUGAAUGUAUUGGUGAAAUGAAAAUUGAUGAACUUUUUACAGUUCUGAGAGUGUAUAUAAAUGAGAAAUAAGAAACAGAAGAAAUGAUCAAAGAAGCUAUAGAAAAAACUAAUUUUUGGAUGGAUUAAUUAGACCUUAAUUAAGUAUAUUUAGGAAUUCAUAUUUUUACAAAUACUUCAUUUUCAAAGUAAAUUUAAUUUAUUAAAUUGUUAGUCUUUAAGGAAUCAAUGAAUUAAUUAAAAAACUAUUAGAUAGGUUAGAGUUCUUAAAGUCUAUAAAACCAUAAAUAGAUCCAAAUGAGGAUGAAGAAAUAGACCAUGAUAAAGAAUAAAAAUUAAGACUAGAAGUAGAAAAAUAUAAAUAUUCUUGAU